UCGGAACGUUCAAAUUUGAAUUUCGAACUGUUUUGUCUAUGCGCGUUCGGAAUUCGAACCACGAGUGAUGUGCGAUGAUUAUUUAAAUUAAAAAAAAAAAAACGAGUUAUUUAGUACCGUUAUGAAUGUAUAAUGUACCCAACGGAAAAUCUGAAACAUGGACCAUUGAAAUUGAACCCGUUUGUGGCACAAAAAAGUUUCGAUCACAACAUUAUGUUGAAGACGAUACAGAAUCUGUGCUAUAAUAAGGCUAACACGAACCCUUUUAACAUGACCUCGCCCUUUCUAGUCGACAAUAUUUUGCAUCAGCAAAAAACAGCUAAUUUCCACAAUCAAUACCUGAAUCAACAGUUGGAAAAUUAUGUUUUGCAACGACAGAGUUACGAGAGAUCUAGAGAGAACUCCCCGGAAGCCGACGAAACAAAGAUGGCCGAAGAAGAAGACAAUAGGAAUGAGGAAACAGAAUCGAAGAUAGAAAACGACGAAGACUCUAAAAGCAGAGACGAGGAGGAAUAUAACAUGAAGAACGAACAACUGUAUUAUAAUAACGAUUAUUAUCAAGACAGGAAUGAGAAAGAAGUGCUGAAUAUACCAAGUUUAUCUCGACGAUGUUCUAAUUGCGGAGCAUUGGAUUGUCCACCAUUUGCCUGUAAGAAAUCUGGGAUCAGGCGGCUGGAAGAGUUAGAAAAAAGGUUCAGUUUAUAUCAGGAGGCAUCUGGGGAUGAAGCGGAGAAAGAUGGGAAGUUGACCGACGAGAUGGUGAGGAAUUGUGAGGAAUAUAACGAACAGAAGAAGCCGUUGUUGAAAUUUAGUGUGAGUGCAAUUUUGGGCGACCGGGAGGACUGUGCUGCCAAGAAUAGUGCUAGUGAUUACCGGCAGCCAAUGCUGAACAGCCCCUGGCCAAUAGCGAAGCCGAUCGCGAGCCGACCAAUCCCGGUGCAGCAUCAACAUUUGCAACAUCUUCUGGCGCACUGUCAUCAUCCAUAUUUAGUGAGACCUGCGCAGGCGCAUACACAAGUAUUCCCUUUGCCCGGUGGUUUCCCAUGGGCACACAGUUCGAGAGGUAAACCGCGCCGGGGCAUGAUGAGGAGGGCGGUGUUCUCGGACCUCCAGAGAAAGGGUCUGGAGAAGCGGUUCCAGGUGCAGAAGUACAUCUCCAAGCCGGACAGGAAGAAGCUGGCGGAGAAACUGGGGCUUAAGGACAGUCAGGUCAAGAUUUGGUUUCAAAAUCGACGCAUGAAAUGGCGGAAUUCAAAAGAGCGGGAACUUCUAGCUUCAGGGGGUUCCAGGGAGCAAACCCUUCCGAACAAGAAUAACCCUCAUCCAGACCUUUCAGACGCCGAAGCUGACAAAUCCAAACUAUCCCCUCUCUCGCCCAUGAACGACGACGAAGAAAAAAACAAAAUGUUUGCGUCAACGUCAAAUGACAGCUACAGAUUUGACGACAAGAUGGCGCCCGCGUUCCAACAAUACAAUCACAUGGAUGAGGAUGAAUAUGAAAGUGACGCCAGUGCCACAGAUGAAGAAAUCAAUGUGACAUGACCUGUUUUUAUUGAUGUUGUUAAUUAAGAAUAGUAUAUUCUGUGGUUCACUUUGAGUUCAUCAUCACUGGUUAUAAUACCUCUAAUGACAAUCAACCUAAUUUAAAAAGAAGUAAACAAUACAAUAAAUCCCAUAAAAUAACAGGACAAUCAUUUAGCAUUUCUUUAUGUACAUUAAUUAAGUUUUAAACAAUAUAAAAAGUCCCAAACUUAGCUUAAAAGAAAUAUUUUGUUGACCUGAAAGACUGACAAUCCCUAUGUUUUGUUUUUAUGCUGUCAUUUUUAAUUAUUGCAUUUUAUUGUUGAGAAUCCUGGCAUUAUUCGAUAUGUACUUGACUUUGUAUUUAAUUAGUUUAAAACUUAAUGUUGUACAGUAUAAAUUUAUUUAGUACGUUCUUGCCUAAAUAUUUAAAAAUCUAUGUAUCAAAGACUAUGUAAGAUAAACCUAAUUCAUAAUUAGACUAUUAGUAAAAGUUACAUCGUAAAAUCUCAUAAGAAUCAUAUGAAUGAAAAUUUCAAUUCUCACCUGUAAAUAUUUAUUAUUCGAAAAUAGUUAUAUAUAAUAUUUACGAAAAUAAAUAAAGAACUUCUGUGAGAAACUUAGAGCUGAAAAAUAUUAUAUAUACCUACUUACAUACAUUGAAUAAAACUGUAAGCGGGCUCUGUCUGUACAUAGGAGAUAUUAAAGAAAACUAAUUAUAGGGAGUCCUUAUGGGACUAACAGAAGCCAAAACAAUUAUUUUCAGAAUUUGUCUUUGUCUUGUCUUUCUGUAUGUUUGUUCACGCAUCACGCUAAAACUACUGGAUGGAAUUUGAUGCGUUUUUACAGAUGUGUAGCGGAAGGUCUUAAAAUCAGGUAUUUAACAUGUUUCAUCGCGAUACGUCGCUUAAAUCCCGAGAUAUCGAUCAUAAUAAGUUAUGAGCGGACACACGAAAUAAACGCGAAGCUGUGGGCAAAACUGAUAAUAAAUAUUUUGGCUCAUACGAAACCGUAAGGCGCUUUUUUUGAUGUAACUAAAUUUGUAAAUCACCUAAUAAAUAGUACUAGUACUUAGUAAUAUACAUAAAUAGGUAUAUUUUGUAAAUAAUUAAAUUAAUACGAGUUAAAAAUGCAGUUUCACUAACCGUUUGUUAAAAUUAACUAAACCGUAAGGUAGUAUAGUUACUAGCAACCGAACCUCGUCAUAAUAAAAAAAAAAACUAUUUUCUUUUCUUUUCCGUCAAAACCCUUCGAUCCUGGUGAAAAUAAAAACAAUUGUGCAACAAUACGAUCGCAAUCCGAUCUAAUUAAAACUAGUUUAUAGUCGAGUUAGAUCGAUAUCCGAUAUACAUUAUAACAAGCUUUUGCCCGCGUCUUUUCCGGGAUGAAAAGUCUCUAUACUUCAAAUUAUAUGUAUGCAAAAUUUCAAGAAUGUUGGUUGAGUAGAUAGAGCGUGAUGAGGUAACAAACAUGCAAACUUAACUUCACAUCUAUAUUAUUAAUUAGGAUUAUAAUUAGUGGAAAUAAUUGUCUUUGUAUUAAACAUAAAAUGCACCAAAUGUAUAUAUUUAAUAAGUAUUAUAAUAUUCUCAUGCAGCUUUACGAGACUUAAAUGUAAUUUUAUGUGAAAUAAAUUGUCAAAGAA